AUGGCGUCCGCGUUUGGUGGAGGGGCAGUAGACCCGGAGACGCUGUAUACCAAGCAGGCCUGCAUUGGAGGUGGCAGCUUCGGCAAGGUUGUUGAGAAACGUACCGGCCAAGCCGUCGCUAUCAAGGUCAUCGAUGUGGAAAAUGCAGAAGACGAAGUCGACGAUAUCAUCCAGGAGAUCUCUAUCCUCUCUGGUCUCAACUCUCCCUACACAACAAAAUACUACGGAUCAUAUCUCAAGGGCUCCGACCUGUGGAUCAUCAUGGAAUACUGCUCUGGUGGCAGUUGUGGUAACCUCAUGAGGCCUGGCAGUAUCCCCGAGGAUUACAUUAUCAUCAUCAUUCGAGAAUUGCUCAUGGCCGCAAACAUUCUGCUUGGCUCAAAUGGACAAGUGAAGCUUGCCGACUUUGGCGUUUCUGGCCAACUCUCUGCAACCAUGACAAAGAAGAACACAUUUGUAGGAACCCCAUUCUGGAUGGCUCCAGAAGUCAUCAAACAGUCGGGAUACGACCACAAAGCCGACAUUUGGUCUCUUGUCCUUUUCCUCAUUCCAAAGAACCCUCCUCCUCAACUCGAGGGCGACUUUAGCCAAGCUUUCAAAGACUUUGUCAAUCUUUGCUUGCGCAAGGAGCCCAAAGAGCGACCUAGUGCCAAAGAACUCCUCAAACACCCUUGGAUUCGCAGGGCCAAAAGAACCACAUAUCUGACUGAGCUGAUUGAAAGAUACGAACGCUGGCAGGCGCGUCACGGUGGUCGCGAAGAAGAUGACGAUGAUAUCCGUGAAGUCUCGCCUCCACGCACUUCUGACGAAGAAGAUCUCUGGGAUUUCGGCACGGUUCGACCACUUUCUCGAAGAGCACCGGGACUGAAGGUUAUGAAUGAGGCCGCCAUGAACACUCGUAAUCAGACAUCUGUCCCUGAGCCUCAGUCUCCUACCAAACAGUCUGCUUCUAGAGUCGGUGAAGAGAAUUCGAGUCGGCGUACCGUCCGAGCAGCGCCCAGCAUGCCACCACCACCUUUGCCUAGGGACCUGUCCCCAUCAAAGCGACCAAGCUCAUCGUCAGGCACUGUGCCUCCUUCUCCCAGCGUUGCUGCUCGCGUCCCUCUACCUGCCUCACCCAUCAAGAAAAUCAAUGAUGAUUUCAUCCAGCAGUCCAUUGCUGCAGACAUGACUUCUUACAUGAAUGGUCUUUCCAUAAAUGAAAGAACGAAUGAGCCGGCCAGGCCUUCAACGCCAUCGGCCCAGAAGCAAACCAGCGCAUCGAACCACAACUUGUCAAGAUCUCCAGAAAAGCCCGCUUAUGCUCCAUUUCCGCUCGAGAGAACAUCUUCUUCUUUGAGUGUCCAACAGCAGCAUCACCAGCAGCAGCAGCAGCAGCAGCAGCAGCAAAACCAACAGCAACCACAACAAACACGGCCACAGCAGCAACAACCUCUACCAGCGCUGGCACCUCGGAGAUCAAGUCCAUCUGCAUGGCCCGGAACUCCAGCAGCAUCAAAACCGCAAGCGUCGGAAUCGCAAGGCAGAUUAAGACAAGAUUCCGACGUUCAGAUCAGAGCAAGACAAGGCCCCGACGCUCAACUCAAGACACAGCAAUCUUUCGAUUCCAUGCAGAGCAGUUCGUCAAGCAGCAGACCUUCUUCCUCCUCUUCGUCAUCAAUGACUGGACCUUCGUCCUUGGCACCUCCUCCCCAAAACGACGAAAUCACAGCUCUGUCGGGCGUUGUGAUCCCUGCCCUUGAAGCCGCUCUCCACCGCCGCGCAUAUCAGCUCUCACAGCUGCAGAAGUCGGCAAGCACUCAAUCGAAACCCGCGCCUUCUCCACAAGACAUUUUGCUCAAGAGACAGGCGCACGAGCAGAUCCGCAGGUUGGUCUCCAAGGUGGGCCGUCUGAUGAAGGACAUUGACCACUGGGACAGCGUCGCCCCCGUGGGCAUGGGCGACGGCGUCGAAGGAUUCCUCGAAGGUGUGUUGGAGGAGGUCUUGUGUCGUGUAGAGGCCGAAGAUGCUUGA